AUGGUACGGCUAAACAUUCGCUAUUGGUUCCUCGCAAUCCUCAUUUUGUACAUUCUAUUUCAUAUCAUAUACACGUUUUUUCAAAAAAUCCACGUCGACAAUUCUCGAAUAUCCUAUGAGCGGCUUAGCGAUGGUCCGCUUUUAUUAAAACCUGGCCGUCAGGUGCAAACGCGUCGCGGAAAUGUGAUCGAAGCCAUCGGAUAUGGUCUCUUAACGGAUUUCAAUCCAAAACAAAGUCAUCGAAAGCCUCAAGAAGUGUUUCCAGCAUCGUCUUCAAAAAAAUCCGAGCUGCCGGAAAUUUUAGAGAGCAAUGAGAAGCAUUUCCUCGAAGCCGCUAAAACCAUCCUUCAAAAUUUCAACGAAACUGAUCGGCAGCUUCUCUAUUUUACACUUAUCAACAAAGCUUUCGAGCGAAUGACGUUGAAUUGGAUAUGCAAUACCGCUCUAUUUCCAGAUGUUCAUUCUCGAACCCUAAUAGUUAGUAUGGACCAAUUUGCCUGCGAAUCGAUUAAAUCUCAAUGGGAUGAUUCGAUAGCUUGCAUUUCGUUGAAUAUUCGUGACUAUGAUGGUGGCUACGAGUGGGGAAAACAAAAGUAUAUCAAUCUGCUCACAAUUAGAGCCAAGCUCAUGUUCAUUUUGACCAAGGCUGAAAUUCCCUAUGUGCUCUUUGAAACCGAUGCUACAUGGUUCAAAGAUCCUCUUCCAUUAUUUUUAAACCGAACAUCAAGCUUCGAAGACUUUGACAUCAUUGUUCCGAUAAAAGGAUAUAAUGGAGGAACGUCAGACACCCUAUCGCACAAUCCAAUGCUCGCGAUUCCCACAAAUGGCACACUACAAUUUCUAGAAGCACUCGUCGACAAAUUAGAAAAUAAUACAAGACUUUAUGAUCAAGAUGUUAUGAAUGAAAUGUGCGCAGAGCAAUUCAACGGAUUGAUUUGUCGGACAUUUGAAUACGACGAGAUUGCCGAUGGAAAAUGGUUCAAAUCGCGAAAUUCGGGGCCCCAACAUCCGUACAUUGUCAACAACAACUUCUACGUGGGCAUCAAGAACAAGGAGACGCGACAAUCGCUCAACGGCCUCUGGUUUCUCGCGACACGCUCAAAUCAGUGCAAAAUUGGAAAAGUGCGCAAUUUUCUUAUUGCCAAUUCGGGUACCUUUUGA